AUGCAUGACUCACCAUAUGCAGGAAUCCCGCGAGCAAACUCGCCGAGUUUGCCUCCACCCCCACCACAGAACUUUCAGCACUUCGGUGGUGGGGCACCGUCAAAUUAUCAGUUCCAGUACUCGGCCUGUACCGGUCGGCGCAAGGCCCUUUUAAUCGGAAUCAACUAUGCCGGGCAGCCUAAUGCCCUCAAGGGCUGUAUCAACGAUGUGACCAACAUGUCGAACUUUUUGACGGAGCGCUUCGGCUACAAGCGUGAGGACAUGGUCAUCCUGACCGACGACCAACGCAACCCAAUGAGCAUCCCCACCAAAGCCAACAUCCUGCGAGCGAUGCAGUGGCUCGUCAAGGACGCUCAACCUAACGACUCUCUGUUCGUGCACUUCUCCGGUCACGGCGGUCGCACACCCGAUCUGGAUGGCGACGAGGACGACGGAUUCGACGACGUCAUUUACCCGCUCGACUAUCGCGUGGCUGGGCACAUUGUAGACGACGACAUGCAUGCGAUCAUGGUGCGUCCCUUGCGCCCCGGAGUGCGAUUGACCGCAAUCUUUGAUUCGUGCCACUCGGGCACGGCCCUGGACCUACCAUACGUCUACUCCACGCAGGGCGUUCUCAAGGAACCCAACUUGGCCAAGGAAGCCGCCCAAGAUUUAUUCAGCGCCUUUACCUCCUACGGGCAGGGUGAUCUAUCUAGCGUUGCGUCGACUGCCAUCGGAUUCUUUAAAAAGGCGGCCAAUGGUGGAUCUGCCCGCGAGCGCACCAUCAUGACCAAGACUUCCCCGGCGGAUGUGGUUAUGUUUUCAGGGUCCAAGGACACACAGACAUCGGCGGAUACAUUCCAGGACGGACAAGCGCGUGGGGCGUUGAGUUGGGCGUUUGUGAAAUCCCUGAAGCAGUGGCCACAUCAGAGCUACCUGCAGCUCUUGAACACGAUUCGCAAUGAACUCGAAGACAAGUACUCGCAGAAGCCGCAGCUGAGCUGCAGCCAUCCCCUUGGUAAGUACCGCGGUGUGACCUAA